CUCAAUUUAUAACGAAUGUCACUGGGCUGUGAGGAAAUAGAAGUGUAUUGCAAAGAAGCGACAAGUUUUCCGGUGCGCAUUUUAGACAUCGCUGUGUUGCCAACCGCGUCGAGGGAGAAGAUGCUGUCCCGCAGAGCCUCGGCGUUCGGGCGGCGGCUGGCCCGGACGUUCACCUCCGCCUCUGCCAAGCCGUACGCAGUGCCGGAAGGACACUGGGGAGCCAACAGAGCUGCUCGACUAGAGUUGGCAGCAGCCUACAGAGGUCUGGACCAGCUGGGGUUAAAUGAGGGCGUGUGUAACCAUCUGAGUGUGGUGGCGCCGCGGGCAGAUGGCGCGGGCGAGGCCAUGCUGGUCUUCCCUUUCGGUCUUCACUGGAGCGAGGUAACAGCAAGUAACCUAGUGAUGAUAGACCCCGACGCGGGCCUGGUGGAGGGCGACACGGACCCCGAGGUCACGGCGUCAUGCAUCCACCUGGGCAUCCGCAUGGUGCGCCCGGAAGCCAAGGUCAUCAUGCACACCCACCAGCCCCAUGUCACGGCCUUGGCUUGUCUCAGAGAUCCACAACUACUGAUGAUGCACCAGAAUUGCUUGAGAUUCUACAACAGAAUUUCCCACGACAGAGAUUACGGGGGCCUUGCGGUCGCUCUCGAAGAAGGCAAAAGGCUGGGGAAAGUUUUAGGAAGCAAAGACGUCCUCUUCAUGGGCCAGCACGGGGUCCUCGUCGUUGCUCCUACUGUGUCCAUGGCGUUUGACCAUCUCUAUUACUUGGAGCGAUGUGCGGAGCUUCAGAUCCUAGCGCUGGCGACGCAGAAGGAGGUGGAGCUCAUCCCGGAGGCGCACUGCCAGCCCAUGUCCGACGUCUUCUGGAGGGACAUGCAGAAGUACGCGGACGCCCACUUCUACUCCAUGUACAGGCGGCUCCGGAAAACUCAGCCGGAUUUUGAGCUGUAGAGGAAAUGCAAUAAAGGGGAUAGAGGUAGAAA